CAGAAAUGCAGACAGCUCCGAGCAGAAGUAGAGCAUCAGGAUGAAUCAGGGAUGUCUGGAGGAUGAGGGGAGCCACAGCACUAGAAGUGUGUCAGGAUCUGGAACCGGUAUCACAGGGUGACUGUAUUUGAUUUCUGUACUAAAAGUUAGAAUGGGGUGGCACAGUCCUAAGCCUGGCCACCUCACAGCUCCAGGAUCACUGGAGUGUAGAGUUUUUUUGGGGGGUGGCUUAGUGGUUAGCACUGUUGCCUCACACCACUGGGGAUGGGGGUUCGAAACCUGCCCUUUGUGUGCAGAGUUUGCUUGUGCUUCUGGGGUUUCCUCUGGGUACUCCAGUUUCCUUCCCAGUCCAAAGACAUGCGUUGUAGGCUGAUUGACAUUUCUGUGUGUGUGAUUGUGCCCUACGAUGGAUUGGCACCCCGUCUAGGGUGUCCCAUGCCCUGUGCCCCGAGUUCCCUGGGAUAGGCUUCAGGCUCCCCCACGACCCUGCGUAGGAUAAGCGGGGAUCAUGGCGAAAAAAAGAAAUCUCUCCAACAUGGUGAUUACAUGCGAAUGGGCCUCGUGUACUUUUAAGGGAAGGAGUAUGGAGGAGCUGAGUGAUCACAUGUCUUUACAUUUGAAGGAGCAUCUUGGGGACGGGGACACCAUGGAGGAGCUUGAUGAUUAUCAGUGUCUGUGGCAGGGCUGCGAGUUCCUGGCUAUGGGAAGUCCUAAUGAGCUCAUUGCACAUGCGCACUUCCAUAACUUCCACAGCAAACUGAAGUUCAUCGGGACUCAGUUGCUCCAGUCCCAUCCUGAGCUUCCCAGCUGCACUCAAGAUCUGCACAGCAACAACCUGGUCACAGACAUCUCUGAAGGAUUCGUGUGUCAGUGGGAACACUGUGAUAGUUCUUUUAACAAUCCGGAGUGGUUUUACCGCCAUGUGGACAUGCAUGCACACUGCACGGAGUUACAGCCGCUCCCUGAUCAACAGCAGGCUCUCUUCUGCAGCUGGAAAGGCUGUGAUGCCUUCUUUAAGAUCAAGUAUCGGCUGCGUGAGCAUCUGCGCAGUCACACUCAGGAGCGUCUGGUGGCCUGUCCUACCUGCGGCUGCAUGUUCUCCAGCAACACUAAGUUCUUUGAUCACAUUCAGAGACAGGCCGAGCCAGAGGAUUCUCUUACAUGUGCCCAUUGUGACAAAGGCUUCGCUAACGAGAGACUGCUGAGAGACCACGUUCGGCAGCACGUGAAUCACAUAAAGUGCCCACUCUGUGACAUGACGUGUACAUCCCUCUCCACCCUGAAGAUCCACAUCAAAUUCCGCCACUGUGACGAGCGCCCAUUCCCCUGUGACUUCUGCGAGAGCAGCUUCAAGAAUCAGCAUGAUCUGCGGAAGCACAUGGAGACCCACAACGAAGGAGCAGCUUACCGCUGCACAGUGGAGGGCUGCGGUUACUCUUCUCGCAUGGCUCACACCAUGAAACAACACUAUAAAAGAGUACAUGAGCAGGGGAACAUGGUGUCCAGGUAUAAAUGUCAUCUGUGUGACAAGAACUUUUCAUGGUGUUACACCCUGACCCUUCACCUUAGAAAGAAACAUCAGCUCAAAUGGCCAUCAGGACAUUCCCGCUUCAGGUAUAAAGAAGAUGAGGACGGCUACCUGCGCCUGAACAUGGUUCGCUUUGAGACUGUUGAGGUGACAGAAGAGCUGAUAAAGAACAUGGCAGAAAAACGCACCCCUCGCAAGCUCUCCGGCUCGAGUGCUCAGACUAAGAGACCAGCGCUACAAGCAGAGAGUAUGAAUGACGUUCCCACACCGUCUCCCUACCCCUCCUCUUCAUCCUCCUCCUCCUCCUCUUCUAUGACAGUGCUUGUGAAUGAUGACAAUGGUGCAUUAAAGGACAGAGCACCAGUGUACUGUAUACUGAGCACAGUGACCGAGAUGAACGGGGAUCAAGAGAACACAGCAGACUCAGGGGUGGAGUCAGGGGCAGUGAGAGCUCUGGCUGCUGUAGCUCGAGGGCUGGGUAUGGAUGUAGUGUGAGGAGAAAUUACAUACGCAAAACACUGCAAACCACCAUUACUGUUAUACUGCAUCUGAUUUACACAAGCAAAGCAAAAAAUCUGGAUUUUUGUUAGCAGGUUAUCAAAUUUAGGGUAAAAUAUUCCUCUUUAAAUGCUCUUUGUUAAAUUUGAUUUUAUAAUGAUAUUUCGGCUUGGAAAUGAUAAAUCUGAUUUUAUAAUAAUUCAUGUUUCAGCUUGGAAAUAAUCUCUGGUUCUAAAUACUGAUUGUAAAUUUUCCUCUUUACAUCAAUCUGCAUUUUAAGUCAUUUUGCAGUUGUUUUAGCUGAUACAUUGUUUUUACAGGUUUUACAUAGUGUUUAUUAUACUUGUAAACAAAUGUUUCUGUUUUAGAGAAAUUGAAUAUGUAGUCAGUUUACAUUUGCUGACAACACUAUUUAUUUGUCUUUAAUUUUGUUGUAACUGUUACAACUGUCUAAUGUUGUUUACUCUAGUCAAGAUUAAUCGAACAAUAAAAUAA